AUGCCAGUGGUUCCUUAUUGGCUUCCCGGUCUCUAUCAUACCAUACCAAUACUCAUAAACCCUACCGAUUUUGUUUUCGGAACCAUAAAGCGAUUCGGAUGGGAAAGGCCAUUUCAGCUUAAAGCCGGCCCAACCAACUUCACAUUGACUGCCAAUCCGUUUCACAUUCAGGAGAUCUUCAAGUCGAGGUUCCUGUCAGCGAAGUCGAUUACAAGAAUUUCUGCGAAGAACCUCUUGGAUAUCCCUUCCAAAAUUCUCGCCUUCUACGAUGCAGAUGAUUCGGGGAUGGCCGCAGAGCCCAGAAAAGGUUCCAAAACAGCGCAAGAAGAUAGGAUCCUUUAUCAUCAAACCCACAGCGCUCAGAAGUUCCUCGCCGCCCCUUACCUCGGAUCACUUGCCGAGCGGUACCUUAAAUUUUUCAACGAGCAUGUGGAUCGGUUAGCGAUAGGAGAAACCUGGGUGGAAUAUCCUGACCUGUACAAAUUCCUGCAGAUGACCGUCUCGCGAGCUAAUAUCGAGGCCAUGAUGGGAUCCAAGAUCUUUGAGGUCAAUCCUGGUCUUAUCGAGCACUUCUGGCUUGCCAAGCGGAAUGCGCACCUGUAUUUCCGCGGGUGGCCGCGGUGGCUGAUACCCACAGCUUUCAGAGAACGGGAUCGUGUAGUGGACGAAAUCGAAAAAUGGCACACAUACGCAUUCAAAAAUGGCAACGUCACGGAAUCCAGUCCCCGGGAUCCGGACUGGGAACCCAUAUUCGGUAGCAGAUACGCCAAGGCCCGGCUGCAGUACAUGCUGAAGAUGAAGUCGUUGACCGCACGCGUUCGAGCCUGCGAGGACUGGGGGCUGAUCGCCAAUGGCAAUACAGCACCGAGUGCAUUUUGGUAUAUUUUCGAGGCUCUCAGAGAUCCAAGCCUCUCAGAUCGGCUAUCUGCCGAGGCCGACACGUGUAUAUCCGCUAAUGGGAAAAUCAAUAUUGAUAAACUAGGAACGCGACCGCUGUUGCAGUCCACAUAUGCGGAAGUCCUUCGGCUGCGCGUCUCGAUCCUCGUGAGCCGCAUGGUGGAGUUUGGAGACGUAACGUUCUCGGGAUACACGAUACGGCGAAACGAGUUUGUACUGAUGCCUACCGAUGGCGUACAUUUCAGCGAGGAAGCAUGGGCGCGAGCAGGCAGGCCCUCCAAGAAACCAUUGCUGGAAUUCGACGCCGAGAGGUUCCUGGUCGAGUCCGACAUGGGGCCCGAAUUCUCUACCGAGGGCUUGGCCGGCCUGUGGAUUCCCUUUGGUGGAGGGGAGCGCAUGUGUCCGGGACGCCACCUUGCGAAGCUGGAAAUGAUCUUAACCUACGCCUACCUGUUCUCAAAAUACGACAUAGAGCUAGGUUCUGUAGGUGCCAAAGACGUGCAGUGUGAUAUGAAGUUUGCACCCUUCGGUGCGUUGCCACCGAACCGCAAGGUCCCCUUCAGGAUCAGGAGAAAGACGCAAGCAUAA